CCGGCAGGCUGCACCGCAGGGGCCGCCUGUGCUGCCCACCCGAGCCAGAGCGUGGGGAACGUCCAAAACUGCUGAGGGCAGCGGAGCCAAAUGCUCCUUUGCGUCGCUGGCCCUUCCCUUCUUCCAUCCUGACUCUCGACUUUUUGCAAUCGAUGUUUGUCUCUCCCAUUGCACGGCAAUGGCAGCGACCACGACGAAUCCUUUUGCGGCAUCGAGUCCGCUGACCCCGAUGCAUCCCACCAUGACCGAGCACGAUUUCCGGUUUCCGCGAAGGCCAGCCGACGCCGCGACCGGCGGUCGGAGACCCGACCGAUUUGACCAGGCUUACACACUCACCGGCGACUCCAGGCCGGCAGGGCUCUCCACCACAGCGGCCGCCGCGAGGAGGGCGGCGGCAGGACCGGGCAUGAUGACGACUGGACCGAGCGGCAUGCGUGCCGGAUUGCAUGACGUCCGUCUUGAGCUGCCCUUGACUCACGGAGGUGCCCACCCGGACGCCCUGCUGCGAACGGCGGCAUUCCCGCCAUUCCAGCAGGCCACAGCACGCGCGAACCAGAACUUGGACGAGAUGCAGAGGCAGGACCCGCUAGCCACCCAAGUCUGGAGGUUCUACGCAAAGACGAAACAGUUGUUGCCCGCCCAGGAGCGCAUGGAGAACCUGACAUGGCGGAUGAUGCAUUUGAAACUGCAACGAAGGAGGGCGGCCAUCGUGAACGCCAGCAGCCGUGUUUCCGGCACAUCAGCGAAUGCCCCUAGCGGGAUUGCGCAAUUGCGCAAGUCAUCAGAGCAUGCCCCGCUGCAAUCAGACCCGAUGAACUUGGACGAUUUCAUAAACAACGACAAAGUAGGAACCCCGGCCGGCCUCGCACUGACCCCGACGCCCGAGACAAUGCGUCAGGCCGACGAGAGAUCUGCUCACACCUCGGCGGCGGCCAUUCCCAUCAAGUCCCGCAAAGAGCCUCCUUCAUCUCACCUUCUGAUUCCCCAGUCGGUGCCCGUCGCGGCCCAUCAGAGAGUCCAGGAUGAGUUUGGUUAUCUCCCUCGGCACCAGCGCAAGACCAGCAUUGACGAGACCGGCCAACGUCAGACCCGGAAACGCCCCGCCAAUUUCUCGCCGCACGUGCCCGCUGUGAAUAGCGGCUUGACAGCAAACGGGCUUGACGCCGACUCGGCCCUCAACGAGUACUCGCUCGAUCACUUACACCAAGCGUCUGUGCCCGUGGCCCAGCAGCCCAAUGGCGCGGGCAUGACCUUUCCUCUUGACACCUUCCGCUUGGAGAACGAUCCCAUCAUCACUUCUGCUGGCCCUUUUCAGCAGAAUUUCUCCUUCUCCCCGGCCAACUCGCCAAUGGUCCCCAACGAUCCAUUCUCGGCCCUCUACAAUGGCUCCUCGAUGCCCUCCAGUUCUUUGGGCGGAGAUUUGUAUUCUCCGCCGGGAUCUGCGUAUCAAUCGACAGUUUCCACCCCGCAUCCCAUGGCCGAAGGGGAAGGCUUCUAUUUCGGCUCAUCUAUGGACAUGCGCCAACCGCGGCAGCAGACAUUCAGACCCCUUCACUCAGGCAUGGGCAACGCGAUCGGCCAGCAAUUUCCAUUUGCAGCCAAUGGUAACUUGAUGUUUCCUGCCGCAUCCACCGGCUCAGAGAAUCCUUCCACCUUUACCGCACAAAGCUCCUUUGGCGAUAUUGACCCGACCCGGGUCUUCCAGCAGGAGCUCCCUUCCCGCUCUUCUGCCGUGGGCCUGAGCCAGGACAGCAUGUUUUCGUUUGGCGCCGACUCGGACGAUGAGGAAGGGGGUGCCUUUGCCGACCGCAAUAUCCCGAUCCCGCAGGACUUCUCGCCCCAACCGAUGGAGGACAGCGGGUUUGACAGCUCAUCGCUUGGGUGGGAUCCGUCUCUCCCAGGGAAUUUCAGUAUGCAGGCCGCUAGGUAUCCUGCUGGACCCCCCAGGAAGCAGGUAACAAUAGGUGGCACGACCACCGAUUAUGUCGAGUCAAAUGGUGAAUGGGAGGGAGGCGGUUUGAACAGAUCACAAUCCCAAUCUUUCCGGACAGCAAACGGGCGUCUUGGGAGAGUGCCGCGGACAGCGUCGACACCCGGAUUGGCGAGCCGGGGGAAUCCGUUUGACAGGCUUGCACAGUCCAAUCCAAACUCACCGCCCGCUGACCUCACUUCGACGGGCUUCUCUUCUGUUACCGCCAGCCGGCCGUCUUCACCCCAUCCGGCCUCGAGACACGGGUCGACAACGAAUUUGCAAGCGGCAGGCAGCAGCCAGAGCGAAAGCAAUACGAACAGCAACAACAGCACACCCACGACAUGCACCAAUUGCUUUACCCAGACAACGCCGCUUUGGCGUCGGAAUCCUGAGGGUCAACCCCUUUGCAAUGCCUGUGGCCUCUUCCUCAAGUUGCAUGGUGUGGUUCGUCCGUUGAGCUUGAAGACGGAUGUCAUAAAGAAGCGGAACCGCGGGUCUGGGUCGGGGCUCCCUGUUGGCGGGUCAAGUACCCGGUCGAGGAAGAAUGCCAACUCAUCGGGAGCCAUCACCAAGAAGGGCUCCACACUUUCUGUGUCCACCAGCGCCAAUCCUCCCCCAGUGCAGGCGAGCACGCCCCCGGCAAUCCAGAACAGAGGCGGCAGCGCCAACGGCAGCGAGAGUCCUGCGAGUGGCUCGGCAUCGGCCGGCAACACGGCCGGAAACACACCGACGAGCUACCAGGGAGGCACGGGCUCCACCAGCGGAGUUGUCGGUGGGAAAGGCGUCGUCCCGAUUGCCGCCGCACCGCCAAAGAGUACGCCAGGGCCAGGUGCCGCGUCUCUGCCGCGAACAGCAGCGCUUUCUUCCUCGUCGUCGAAGCGCCAGCGUCGUCACAGCAAGAGCGUCGUCAUAGAGCAGUCUAUGAGCAGCAUGGACAUUGAUAGCCCUGAAAACUCGACGGGAUCGAACGAGGCAGCCGCCAGGCCUCUGGGCUCGAGCACCGGCCUGUCCGCGAUGCAGCCCAGCACCAGUAGCCUCAAUCUUUCUAGCGCUUUUGGUAGCAGCAUGCAGCGACCGCUGGCUGGCCCUGGCAGUCAACGCGCGGGACCGCAGGAGUGGGAGUGGCUGACCAUGAGCCUUUGAGGCGGCUGUUUUUUCUCCUCCGCCGCCGCAGUCUAUUGCCCACUUUGAUGGCCAUAAUGCACACAGUCCGACUUCAAGAGACGUGAAUCGCUUCUUAAUAGGAGUGACACCUAUUCUGCUCGGACUGGCUGGCUGCAGGCUGUGCGUUUAAU